AUGUCUUCAUCAAUUGAGAAUCACAAGACCGUCCCUGAGCAGUUUACCGGCUAUGCCGCGUUUUCUGCCGAGACCUGGUCGGAUCUCAAACUCCACAAAUUCACCCCCAAGCCAUUCGGAGACUAUGACAUUGAUAUUAAAGUCCGCUAUUGUGGUGUCUGUGGCAGCGACCUCCAUGUCCUCCGCUCCGGAUGGUCACCGUCGAUAUAUCCCUGCGUCGCCGGCCACGAGAUCACGGGCGAAGUAAUCUGCGUCGGGCCCCUCGUCACCUCGUCCUCACUCCAGCCAGGCUCUAUCGUCGGUGUCGGCUCACAGGCCUGGUCGUGCGGCGGUUGCGAUGCGUGUGCGGGUGAAGACAUUGGCACAAAGCCAGGUGACGGUAAGGACUGGGGUGCGGCGGGAGAGCAUGGCCAUGGCGGUGAGAAGGACGGGAGCGCGGGAUAUGGCGGAUAUGCGGAUUAUGUUCGGAUCCAUGAGAACUUUGUGUACCCGAUUCCUGAGGGCAUUCCCGAAGAAAUAGUAGCGCCAAUGUUCUGUGGCGGCGUGACAAUGUAUUCACCCCUCAGGCGCGCCAACAUCGGCCCCGGUUCCAAAGUCGGGAUUGUCGGCAUCGGCGGCCUCGGCCAUUUCGGCAUCCUGUUCGCAAAGGCCCUCGGUGCCACCGUCACCGCUAUUUCUCACUCUCCUCGCAAAGCCGCCGAUGCGAGCGCCCUCGGUGCCUCCCAAUUCCUCUCGACCGCCGCGCCGGGAUGGAACGCUCCUCACCUGCGAACUCUCGAUCUCAUCAUCAGCACCAACUUCUCGACGGACAUGCCACUGGGCGAGUACCUCUCGCUGCUGAAAGUGGGGGGUACUCUUGUGAUCUGCGGUAUCCCGGAGGGUGAUUUGCCGCGGUUGUCGUGGGCGGAUAUUGCAGCGGCAAAUUUGGCGAUACGGGGGAGUAAUGUGGGGUCGAAGAAGGAGAUAGCGGAGAUGCUGGAGUUAGUGAAGGAGAAAGGAGUAAAGAGUUGGGUGGAGGUUGUGGGGAUGAAGGAUGUGGAGGAUGUGGUGAAGAGAUUAGAUAGAGGAGAGUGUAGGUACAGGUAUGUGUUGAAGGCGGAUUUUGAGGAGUAG